UGAGAUGCGGAGCCGCCUCCCCACACUCUUCAUUCCAACACUGCCCUCUCCCUCCUGCCCUGCAGAAGGGAGCCUGUCACCCUAAACCGCCUGCAAACCUCCAGUAAACCAACCCAGGCCCCGCCUGCCCAUGUAAGUGGAACUUCAGAGUGGCCGAGCUCCGCCAUGAAAAAAUCAUGAGGCAGCCAAGCCCUGGGCCUGUUUUCAGGAACAAUGCAGGAGGCUGGGCCCUGGGCGCUGGCCAAGCUGGGCCCCGGGCGCUGGCCAAGCUGGGCCCCAGGAACCGACGCUGGGCCUGGGAGCAGGGGAAUCAGGGCCUUGGGGCCGGGCCCAGCAGUGCCUGGGCAGGCAGGAAAGCCCUGGCCUCGCCCUGGGGGCAGAGGCCCAGAAGGGGGCCGGCCAGAGUGGCCUGGCCCUGGGAGGGCACAGUGCCUGGGGCCGAGGGGGACAGGAAAGCGGGGCGGGGCCUUGGGGGUUUCCUCUGUGUGGAGUAAUUCCCAGAGACUCGCUGGCCUGUGGGGAAGGAGGGGCACAGCGGGCAUUGCUCAAGCAGGGGGCCAGGACCUGGGUCUGGGACAGGUGUGGCCCCGGGGGGGUCCCUCCGUCCUGGGCCAUUGCCAGGCCAGCCCGAGUGGGGAGCCACUCCCUCCCCCAGCCGGCACGCACGUGGGGCCCAUGCCAGCUCACGCCACCAGCAGCCGUGGUGCUCGGGCAUCCAGCCUGGUACACGCGCCAGUCGCCAUGGCAGCACGCAGCGUGCUGGGCAGGAGCCCAGGCUGGGCGUAGCAUCCAAGGCCAGCGGUCUAGAUAUGCAGGACCGGGAGUCCUUUCCCUGGUAGCCCCCCCAGGGGCCUGGCCGGGGCCGGGGGGCCCUGCAAGUGGCCAGGCCCGCCCAUCCCCCAGCAUCCCAGGGAAGGAACAGUUUCCUGAGAGCUCCAGGGCAGAUGCCGGGGGGCUGGGGGCUUCAGGGCCCUCUCUGCUCCUGACCUCAGCUGGACCUCACUAAAACAGGCGGGAAGCCAAGGAUCUGCCCCACCCUGGGCUGCUGGGAGCUUCCGAGAGCUGGGGCGACCCCUGCCUUCCAGGCCCAGCUCCAGACAGCUGGGUCCAUCGGCGGCUGGCCACUCCCCGAAGUGGGGGUCCAGGGGUGCUGCUCGCCCGGACGGCCUCUCAGUGCCCAGGAGAGAAAGUUACGCAUGUUGAAGUGGGCGCGUCAGGCAGCCUGACACCUGUCCUCAGGCCUUGUCCGGUGGUGGCAGACGACGGCCCAGGGCGAUGCACACACACAGGUACACACCCCGUCCCCCAGGAGGGCAGGUCCAGAGGUGAGUGGGCCAGGUGACUCUGGAUGCCCCCGAGGGCAUCCUGGACGGGCCGUAGGCCUCGUGAGCCCCUUGUGGGUGGCUGUGUGGACCCCCUCGGGCAGGGGACAUGUGUGUCCCUGAGGACACAGCCCGCCACAGGCUCUCACAAGUAGCCCCUGACACGGUUCCCUUGUGCUGUACACAACCUGACCGCCAUGCUGGGUGGCCACGAGCAGGCUAGGGCUGGGAUCCAGGGAAGCUUUUCCAGGACCAGGGCCGGUCCAGCCACUGACCACGGCUCCCUCUGUCCUGCCCCGCCCGUGUGCACCUUCACACGCACGCCCACAGCAGCAUGCACUCUGCCUCACCUCCCUGCAGAGGCUCAGUGCAUCACACCGGACGUCCCUAGUACCUACUGUGCGCCAGGGCCUUACCGGGGAUCCAGACGUGGCCCCUAGCAGGCAUCGGGCUCAAGGCUUGGGUCCUGGGAGGUGUGGGGGGCAAUCCAUGCAACCUCCCUCCCUCCAAGGAAGCCUGGGCCGGGAGGCCCACCUCUCAGAGUCCCUUGGGGCCUGAGAGGCUCCCCCCUCAGCUCACACUGCGAGUCAGUGCCAGGCAGCCCCACACCAGGCCCGCCCAGAACCGAGAGAUCACAGCCACUUCUGGCUCUGCCAGCAAGAGACUUCCUGGAGCCAGGCCCACUUAGCGACUGGCAGCUGGGCUUCCUCCCACUGGGCACGGGAUGCCCAUGAGCACCCUGCUGGUGCCAGUCCGUGCUAAUGAGGCCUUCACGCCAAUCGGGCAUCCCGGGCUCCUUCGGAGCCUGGGUGGGAGUUGGGGGGACCGUGGGCACAGCUGUCCCGCAGACCCCCGUGCACGAGGAUCUGAGCAGUGCCACUGAGCACCUGCUCCGUGGGUGUUCCUGCAACCCUGGGAGGUGGCAGAGAGUGAGAUCUAGCGAGAAACAGCUGUCAGCAUCGUGGCUCAUACCCCCAAACCAGGGGCAUGUGCCUGGCAUCGAGGCUAGGCCUGGGCCCCUGGGACUUGGAGGAUCUAAUAAGGGCAUCCUCCGUGGGGAGGGGGUGCUACCCCAGACCGCAUCUCCCUGCCAGUGGGCGCCUGGCACGCAGCCCAGCGGGGCACACACUCGGUGCCCCAUCAACGUGUGGGGGUCACAGAGACGGGCAGUGCUAGCUGUCGGGGAGCGCGAGACCAGCCCCACUGACCACCCCACAGCACACACGGUGCUGUUGGGGGGACCGGUGCCCAGGUGUGUCUCCCAGAAUCCCCCUCCGGCCCUCAGUGUCUCCCUGUGCCUGGCAGGGCUGCUGCCCAGGGCUCAGAGAAUGGAGGAGGGACUCCUGAUCUUGUCUGCCCUGCCCACCCCCGGGGCCUGCACAUGCCCAGCCCAAGGCCCUUGCACUCGGCUGGACCCCCACAGCCUGGGGCCCUGUCACGGCCUCCAGGGGGGCGGAGCGGAGCUGCCUGAGGCAUCAAGGGCCCCGAGCCCAUUCCCCGAGGGAAGCCUGAGGGUCACACGCUGCGAUGAUGAAGAGGACACCGAGGCUGGCCCAGGCCCAGGCCGGGCAGCUCUGGUUUCACUACUUGGCUCCCAGCCCCUGAGGCAGGUGCAGGAGACAGACGGGCAGGGUGCGGCUGAGCAGGCCCCUUGCGGGUCCCCGAAGACGGCCCCCCUGGGCUCAGCGGGGAGGGGGUCUAGCCCGGUGGUCCCAGUGGCAGGGGCUGGGAGGUGCUGGGGUCAGGGGUGGCCAGCUUCCGGCCUCUCCUAGCCUGCUGGCCACAUCCCUCUGCUGAGAGGGCUCUGCCCCACAAACCCCCUGGACCAGACCCUGUAAAGACGCUGCAAGUCAGGCCAGUCGCCCCAGCAACAUGAACAGCAGUUAGGGGUCCCCGGGCCCACGCAGCAAGGCUGGCUUCGCCCUAGCUCACCCAGGAAGGGGGAGCAGCCUCGUGGGCUCCUUGAGGUGCUUACGGCACAGGGCUCAGCCCGAGGCCUGGUCCUCUGACCCUGGGUCCAACAGCCCGCCACCUUCAGGAUGGCCCCUGCCCACACUCUCGUGUCACCUUCCAGCUGCGUGGUCCUCCGGGCGGUCCAGGGGCCCUCUCCCGGUCCCACAGAGCCAGGCCGCCUGGCCUGAUGUGAGUGCGACCCUGGCUCGGGCCAGGGUACCACGGGCGCCAGGAUGGGGGCGUCUGGGCACACCUAGACGCUCCCUGGCACCGCGACCCCUGGCUGCCACGUUCCUAGCCCAGGCCACCCUGGGGGAGGUGUUGGGCCCAGGGCUGCAGGCUGCAGCCGAGCGGGACGGUAUGGGACUCCAGCUCUGGGCUGCCUGAGUUGGGGGGCUUUGCCGGGCUCCUGGCACCAGGAAUCAGAGAAGCAGUAACUGGAUCUGGCCGAGGAUCUGGCGGCUGCUGAGGGUGGAGGGCUGCGAUCGGGUUGCGGCCUCGCUGAGUUUUCCACCAGGCAGCUUUCUCUACAUUGGGAAGGAGCCGGGCUGGGCUGGUGAGUCUGUGCAGUGGGUCUGGGGGCCCUGACGCGGGUGACAACCAGGAGCAAGCCCAAGAGGCGCAGGGGCCAGGAGGCGGGGCCCGGGGCUCGGGCUGUAGGCCUGGGCAGCCGCCAGUGAGUACGGGGAGGUGGUCAGCCCGCGGCGGGCGGAGCUCUCCACCCCUGCAGGCCCUGGGGCUCCGGCCGCUGGGGCAGUCCACGAGUGGCUGAAAUCCAAGCUGGGGUAACCCAAGGCAGCCGCCGUCCCUAAGCCGGCACAGCCCUGAUCCGCCCCCCGCCCGCCCUCCGCCGCCCGCGGGCCUGCAGCCACUGGUCAGAGGGCAGCAGGUCCAUGACGCCGGCCGGGCCUCUGGGGGACCUCGGGGGCCGUGAGCACGCGGAGAGCGCCUCCCAGGCCCCUCGUGGGGCGCUGGGCCGGCCCUGAGGAUGCCCACCAACGGCCUGCGCCAAGUGCUGAAGAUCCAGUUUGGCCUCGUCAACGACGCUGACCGCUACCUGACGGCCGAGAGCUUCGGCUUCAAGGUCAACGCCUCGGCACCCAGCCUCAAGAGGAAGCAGACGUGGGUGCUGGAGCCCGACCCGGGGCAGGGCGCCGCCGUGCUGCUCCGCAGCCGCCACCUGGGCCGCUACCUGUCCGCGCAGGAGGACGGGCGCGUGGCCUGCGAGGCGGAGCGGCCGGGCCCUGACUGCCGCUUCCUGGUGCUGCCGCAGGCCGACGGGCGCUGGGCGCUGCAGUCCGAGCCGCACGGCCGCUUCUUCGGCGGCACCGAGGACCGGCUGUCCUGCUUCGCCACGGCCAUCUCCCCGGCCGAGCUGUGGGCCGUCCACCUGGCCAUCCACCCGCAGGCGCACCUGCUGAGCGUGAGCCGCCGGCGGUACGUGCACCUGAGCCCGCAGGAGGACGAGAUGGCGGCCGACAGCGACACGCCCUGGGGCGUGGGCGCGCUCGUCACCCUCACCUUCCAGGACGGGCAGUACUGCCUCCGGGCCUGCGACGGCCGCUACCUGCGCAGCGACGGCCGCCUCGUGGGGGGGCCCGAGCCCCACGCCCGCUACACGCUCGGGGUCAAGGCGGGCAAGCUGGCCUUCAAGGACCGCGACGGCCGCUACCUGGCGCCCGGGGGGCCCGCCGGCACGCUCAGGGCGGGCCGCAGCACGCGGCCGGGCAAGGACGAGCUCUUCGACCUGGAGGAGAGUCACCCGCAGGUGGUCCUGGUGGCCGCCAACCACCGCUACGUGUCCGUGCGGCAAGGGGUCAACGUCUCAGCCAACCAAGACGAAGAACUGCAUCAUGAGACCUUCCUGAUGCAAAUUGACCAGGAGACAAAGAAGUGCACCUUCUAUUCCAGCACCGGGUGCUACUGGACCCUCGUCAACCAUGGGGGCAUCCAUGCCACAGCCACACAGGUUUCUGCCAACACCAUGUUUGAGGUGGAGUGGCGUGGCCGGCGGGUGGCCCUCAAGGCCAGUAACGGGCGCUAUGUGUGCAUGAAGAAGAAUGGACAGCUGGCGGCCACCAGCGACUUUGUGGGUGAGCACCCCUCACCAAAGGCAGUGGGCAGGCAGCGGCCCCUCAGCCCCUACGCCCCGCCAGGUGAGGACGAGGAGUUCACGCUCAAGCUCAUCAACCGGCCCAUCCUCGUGCUGCGGGGCCUGGACGGCUUCAUCUGCCACCGCCGGGGCUCCAACCAGCUGGACACCAACCGCUCCGUCUACGAGGUCUUCCAUCUGAGCUUCAGCGACGGCGCCUACCAAAUCCGAGGCCGCGGCGGCGGGUUCUGGAACACCGGCAGCCACGGCAGCGUGCGCAGCGACGGCGAGCGCGCCGAGGACUUCCUCUUCGAGUUCCGCGAGCGCGGCCGCCUGGCCAUCCGCGCGGGGAGCGGCAAGUACCUGCGCGGAGGCGCCUCCGGGCUGCUGCGCGCGGACGCGGACGCGCCGGCCGGGGUCGCGCUCUGGGAGUACUGAGCGGGUGGCGCGCCCGUCCCCCCAUUAAACCGAGUCUGUGACGCAGCGGCUGGCGGGCUCCGUGGCGCCGCUCGCGCGGGGAGGGCCAGCGCCUCUGCCCCGGGGGUCCCGGCCGUGGGCCUCCACCUCCCCAUCCCCCAGCGCAGGCGAGCGUGGCCGGGAGGCGGGUCCAGCGGGCGGGACACCCCCGCCCCACCCCGUCCCUUCCUGGGCAGGGGCACCCCGGCACCCCCUGGGCCCCGCCCCCGCCCUGUGCGGGCGCCACACAGCUGCUCCCAGAGACCGAGCGGAACUGGGGUGGGGGUGAGGUACCCCCCAUGGCUCUCCUCCCCAGGGGCAGGGUCUUGGGGAAUCCCCCGCGCACCUGAGGCGAAAGCGACCCCACCCCUCCCAAACACGGUGUGAGUGGCCAACCCCGGGGAGAAGACCCCUCUCAGCCCAGACAGGGGGCUCCAG